AUGAGCGACAACAGUAUUACAAUUGAAAAAGAUUUGAAUGACGUGAUGAAUAAGGAAGACGAAGAUAAGGAGGGUGGGGAACAAGACGAGUAUGGCGAAGGUGAUGAUGAUGAGAAGGAGAACGGUGCUGAAGGUGAGGAUGAAGAUGAAAUGUAUGCAGAACUGGAUGACGGUAACAUUGGGAAUGAUGGCGAUGAUGAGGAUGAUGAAUAUGAAUAUGGGAAGGACGACAAUAAUGAAAAUGAACAUGAAAGUGAGGAAGGAAGAGACAACAAGGAUGAGCCAAAGGGUAGUGAAUCUGACAAAGGAGUUCAGUCUGAAACUGCUAAAAAGUCGAGAGUUUGUGUUCGUGAAACUGAAACUGGUAGUCGCAAAAUGACACCUAAACUGAAGCAAAAUGUAGCAACCGUAAUCACUGAUUGUCAUACCUGGUCAUUUGGAUUGAUCCAAGAUGAUCCUCCAGAAGACUCGUCGCAAACAUCAUUGUCUAAUAAAAAUUCACAACAAAGGAUCAUUGUAGAAGCAUUGCAUACCCAAGAGCAUCAAAGUGAUUUUUUCAGCAGCCAAGAAAAUUAA